AUGGACACAAGGCUCUUGGGGACGUCUCCACCUCCAUUCUACAACAACACAGGCUGCACACCGGGAGGUCACCAGGACACUAUGGAUUCUGUCACCAGCAACGGAGGAUUUAUCGCAAUGGCUGCAGGUUUAUCCAUUGUAAUUCCCAUUGUUAGUGUGCUUGUCGUGCAACUUAGAAGGGCAAAGAUGGCAGAAAGAGCCAGGCUGCGCGCUACACCAGUUGCUAGUGAUGCUGAAGCAGACGAUCCAAGGAUAAUCGACCUGCCACCACCUUACGAGCAGAUGUUUGGGUCUAAUUUUAAUUCCUUCAACACAGUGGUACAUCCAGUUCAUUCCAGAAAUUUCGAGAUUUUAGUAGACGAAAUUGAAUCUGUUCAACAGCAGAGAAAUGUUCACACGGCCGAUCGAAGAGAAAACGAAUUAGCCAACGUCUUCAGAGAACUACAACCACCCGGAAUUACAGACAUCGGGGAUGACACAUGUGGCGGUCAGGCGUGCGCGCGCAAUGUAACACAACAUCCGGGUAAUUCUGACUCACUGAUAGCUACAAUCUCGGGACCUUACACCACAGAAACAGUUAUUAGCAAUCACGUUUCUUACACGUCAGACAUAGGAUCUCAAAGUACCAAUACCAACAUACCAAAUACACUUCCUCCACCAAUAUAUACAGACUUUCCAACAGUAACAGAACAGGAAUCCACCCAUCAUGUUCAUCUGUUUCCGGCAACGUCUGACCAAGAAAGGACAGACAACAAUGAACACACUUAUGUCGAAGUUGGUACACUGGUCGCACCUUGGCGCCAUCCUGGCAUGCAUAUUUCGUUUGAAGACUUUUCUGCCGGAGGUAACCAAGACAACCAAGCUGAUUUUCCGCCGCCAUCUUACGAAGAAGCUUUAGACAUUCUGGAGAAAAUCGAACUGGCCAAAGAUCAUGUGUAUUGA